AUGGAUAAAAUAUCUAUUCAAGAGUUUGUGAAUCGUUGGAGCAUUUUUCUCAUGAUGUCCCCAUCCUCUACUGUCAAUUCAACAUUCGAAGUCCCAACAUGUUCCUAUGAAGGAAUUGAAGAUGGCUAUGGAACAAUAAUUAACGUAUUAUCAGCUAAAAAGAAUCAAGGACUAACAAUUCCAUUCUAUAAAAGUACUGUUAUCGAAGGAAACAAUUUUGAAUUCGAUUGUCGUCCACCUGCAACGUGCCGUACAGCAGAAAUUCUUUUCAAUCCAAAUAAAGAAACCAAAUGGUUAGAAAGACAUAUGCACUUAACUCAAGCAUUUAUUGGGAUUGGCGGCAAAGAACCAUUUAUGAUGGUUUUAGGAAAACCAACACAUAAUCGAACAGAUUUAACUGAAGAACAAAAAGCUUUACCAGAUCUAAAUAAUGUUAAGGCAUUUAUUAUACCGCCAGGUUGUGGUUUGAUUCUUAAAAAAGGUACAUGGCAUGAUUUUCCAGUUAGUCUUGGUAAUCCAGUAACUAUUUUGACAUUCAAUAGCGCUGAAGUAGUCGAAGCUUUAGCUGCCAUGCGUGAACCAGGUGAAAUGUUAGGACAAGGUGAUAUCUACAAAAUUGAUCUUCAAAAACGUCUUGGUGUUAAAAUUGGGUAUCAAUUCGAACUCACAGCAGGUGACCAAGAACAAAUAAAUGGUUGA